AAGGGGAAAGAGGCGAGCAGUCCGAAGGACUCGGCAGGACAGCGAGCUGGUGGCUGCGGGCGGCGCCGAGUGAGCCAGCGAACGAGACCGGGCCAUGGGGCAGCGGGCAGUGGGCUCGCUGCUGCUAGGGCUGCUGCUGCACGCGCGGCUGCUCGCGGUGACACAGGGGCUAAGGGCCUAUGAUGGCCUUUCCCUUCCUGAGGACACAGAGACUGUCACAGCGAGCCGGUAUGGCUGGACCUACUCAUACCUCUCUGACGAUGAGGACCUGUUGGCUGAUGAUGCGUCAGGAGAUGGCCUCGGCAGUGGAGACCUGGGCAGUGGGGACUUCCAGAUGGUCUAUUUCCGGGCUCUGGUGAAUUUUACUCGGUCCAUUGAGUACAGCCCCCAGCUGGAGGACGCGAAUGCCAAGGAGUUCCGAGAGGUGUCCGAGGCUGUGGUAGAGAAGCUGGAGACCGAGUAUGUGAAGAUUCCUGGAGACCAGAUUGUCAGUGUGGUGUUCAUCAAGGAGCUGGAUGGCUGGGUCUUUGUUGAGCUGGAUGUUGGUUCUGAAGGGAACGCGGACGGAUCUCAGAUUCAAGAGGUGCUGCAUACGGUGGUCUCCAGUGGCUCCAUCGGCCCCUACGUCACUUCCCCCUGGGGGUUCAAGUUCCGACGCCUGGGCACAGCACAGACCCCCCCGCCACCCCCAGCUGCUGUGGGGGUCGCAGUGACACCAGUGCCCCAGUUCCCAAGAGUCUGCACGGAGACAGAGUUUGCUUGCCACAGCUAUAAUGAGUGCGUGGCUCUGGAGUAUCGCUGUGACCGGCGGCCUGACUGCAGGGACAUGUCCGAUGAGCUCAAUUGUGAGGAGGCAGUCUCCGAGAUCAGCUCCUUGCCAUCUGCUGUGGUGAAGGUGUCACCUUUACCACUCUGGCCAGAGGCAGCAACACUUCCACCGCCAGUCAUGCAUGGACCUCAGUUUCUGUUACCCAAUGUUCCUGGGCCCACAGCCUGUGGGCCCCAGGAGGCCUCGUGCCACAGUGGGCACUGCAUCCCCCGAGACUACCUCUGUGAUGGGCAGGAAGACUGCAGGGAUGGCAGCGACGAACUGGGCUGUGGGCCCCCCCCACCCUGUGAGCCUAACGAGUUUUCCUGUGAAAACGGGCACUGUGCUCUCAAGUUGUGGCGAUGUGAUGGUGACUUUGACUGUGAGGACCAUACAGAUGAGGCCAACUGUCCCGUCAAGCACCCUGGGGAAGUCUGUGGACCCACACAAUUCCAGUGCGUCUCCACCAACCGCUGCAUCCCGGCCAGCUUCCACUGUGACGAGGAGACCGACUGUCCUGACCGAAGCGAUGAAUUUGGCUGCAUGCCUCCCCAGGUGGUGACCCCUCCCCAGCAGUCCAUCCAGGCUUCUCGGGGCCAGACGGUGACUUUCACCUGCGUGGCCACUGGUGUCCCCACACCCAUCAUUAACUGGAGGCUCAACUGGGGCCACAUCCCUGUUAAUCCCAGGGUGACAAUGACCAGCGAGGGUGGGCGCGGCACGCUGAUCAUCCGUGAUGUGAAGGAGGCAGACCAGGGCGCGUACACCUGUGAGGCCAUGAACUCGCGUGGCAUGGUGUUCGGCAUUCCGGACGGUGUGCUGGAGCUCGUCCCGCAGCGAGGGCCCUGUCCUGAUGGGCACUUCUACCUGGAGGACAGUGCCUCCUGCCUGCCCUGCUUCUGCUUUGGCGUGACCAACCUGUGUCAGAGCAGCCGACGCUUCCGGGACCAGAUCCGGCUGAACUUUGACCAGCCCAGUGACUUCAAGGGUGUGAAUGUGACGAUGCCCUCGCAGCCUGGGGUGCCACCUCUCUCCUCCACCCAGCUGCAGAUCGACCCCACCCUGCAGGAGUUCCAGCUGGUUGACCUGUCCCGCCGCUUCCUGGUCCAUGACGCUUUCUGGGCCCUACCCAAGCAGUUUCUAGGCAACAAGGUGGACUCCUAUGGUGGCUUCCUGCGCUACAAGGUGCGCUAUGAGCUGGCACGAGGCAUGCUGGAGCCGGUGCAGAAACCAGACGUGAUCCUCGUGGGUGCCGGGUACCGCCUCCACUCUCGAGGCCACACACCUACCCAUCCUGGAGCUUUGAACCAGCGCCAGGUCCAGCUCUCAGAGGAACACUGGGUACAUGAGUCUGGCCGGCCUGUCCAACGGGCUGAGAUGCUGCAGGCCCUGGCGAGCCUGGAGGCUGUCCUGCUGCAGACAGUAUAUAACACCAAGAUGACCAGUGUGGGGCUGAGUGACAUUGUCAUGGACACCACCGUCACCUAUACCACCAUCCAUGGCCGGGCUCACAGUGUGGAGGAGUGCAGAUGUCCCAUUGGCUAUUCUGGAUUGUCUUGCGAGAGCUGCGAUGCCCACUUCACCCGCGUGCCUGGCGGGCCCUACCUGGGCACUUGCUCUGGCUGUAAUUGUAAUGGCCACGCCAGCUCCUGUGACCCUGUCUAUGGCCACUGUCUGAAUUGCCAGCACAACACAGAAGGACCUCAGUGUGACAAGUGUAAGCCUGGCUUCUUUGGAGAUGCCACCAAGGCCACAGCCACUGCCUGCCGGCCCUGCCCCUGUCCAUACAUCGACGCUUCCCAAAGGUUCUCAGACACUUGCUUCCUGGACACAGAUGGCCAAGCCACUUGUGACGCUUGUGCCCCAGGCUACACAGGCCGCCGCUGUGAGAGCUGUGCCCCUGGAUAUGAAGGCAACCCCAUUCAACCAGGCGGGAAGUGCAGACCCUCCAACCAGGAACUCGUGCGCUGCGAUGAGCGAGGGAGCCUGAGUGCCACAGGAGAAGCCUGCCGCUGUAAGAACAACGUCGUGGGGCGCUCGUGCAACGAGUGCUCGGAAGGCUCGUUCCACCUGAGCAAGCAAAACCCCGACGGCUGCCUCAAGUGCUUCUGCAUGGGAGUCAGUCGUCAAUGCAGCAGCUCCUCCUGGAGCCGAGCCCAGGUGCUUGGAGCCUCGGUACAGCCUUCUCAAUUCACCCUGACCAACGCCGCUGGCACCCACACCACCAGCGAGGGGGUCUCGUCCCCUGCACCCGGCGAGCUGUUGUUCUCUUCCUUCCACAACCUCCUGUCUGAACCCUACUUCUGGAGUCUUCCCGCCAGCUUCCGAGGGGACAAGGUGACAUCCUACGGAGGAGAACUGCGCUUCACCGUGACGCAGAGGCCCCGGCCCGGUUCUGCGCCCCUGCACAGACAGCCGCUGGUUGUGUUACAAGGCAACAACAUUGUGUUGGAACACCAUGCCUCAAGGGAGCCCAGCCCUGGCCAGCCCAGCAACUUCAUAGUGCCCUUCCAAGAGCAAGUGUGGCAGAGGCCUGAUGGACAGCCAGCCACACGGGAGCACCUGCUGAUGGCCCUGGCAGGCAUUGACGCCCUCCUCAUCCAAGCAUCCCACACGCAGCAACCAGCUGAGAGCAGGCUCUCCGGUAUCAGCAUGGACGUGGCUGUGCCAGAGAACACUGGCCAGGACCCAGCACGAGAAGUAGAACAUUGUACCUGCCCCCCUGGUUACCGCGGCCCCUCCUGCCAGGACUGUGACACAGGCUACACACGCGUGGCCAGUGGGCUCUACCUGGGCACCUGUGAACGCUGUAACUGCCACGGCCACUCGGAGACCUGUGAGCCCGAGACGGGGGCUUGCCAGAGCUGUCAGCACCACACAGAGGGUGCUAGCUGUGAGCAGUGCCAGCCAGGGUACUAUGGGGAUCCCCAGCGGGGCACACCGCAGGACUGCCAGCCUUGCCCAUGUUAUGGAACCCCUGCUGCUGGCCAGGCUUCCCACACUUGUUUCCUGGACACAGAUGGCCACCCCACCUGUGACUCAUGCUCACCAGGCCACAGCGGGCGUCACUGUGAGAGGUGUGCCCCAGGUUACCAUGGCAACCCCAGCCAGGGCCAGCCCUGUCACAGAGACGGUCAGGUUCCAGAGGUGCCAGGCUGUGACUGUGAUCCCCAUGGUAGCAUCAGCAGCCAGUGUGAUGCCACUGGUCAGUGCCAAUGCAAGGCCCAGGUAGAAGGCCGCACUUGCAGCCACUGCCGACCUCACCACUUCCACCUGAGUGCCAGCAACCCGGAAGGCUGCCUGCCCUGUUUCUGCAUGGGUGUCACACAGCAGUGCACCAGCUCCUCUUACUCACGCCAGCUGAUCUCUACCCACUUUGCUCCUGGAGACUUUCAAGGCUUUGCUCUGGUGAACCCUCAACGCAACAGCCAACUGACAGGGGGCUUCACCGUGGAACCAGUGCCUGAUGGGGCCCGGCUCUCUUUCAGCAACUUUGCCCACCUCGGCCAAGAAUCCUUCUACUGGCAGCUGCCCGAAACAUACCAAGGAGACAAGAGAGAGGCUCACUUUGCACGGCUACGCCGGGCUCACCAGAACCGCACAUCCCUCUCAGAGGAAGAGUGGCGGGCAGCUGUGGCAUCUGGGAGGAUCCUUGGGGACACAGAGGGCAGGGGCCGGGCACAACGGGCGUCACAGGUGGAUGAGGCUCAGAGACGGGUGGAUGCUGAGAUCUGGCAGCUCCUUGCCGGCUUUGCCGCCCACCCCCACCCCCCUCCUCGUGGGCUGCGCCCCAACCCCCAGCUAGCUACCGCUCUACGAGCGGGCCCCCCCUCCUCUUCCUCCUCUUCAUCUCCUUCCUCCUCCUCCUUCACUUCUCUGCCUUCCCCAGCAGGCUCUCAGUUCUCCCUUUCCUACGAGGGCUUCUCUCUGCUGCCUGGAAGCCUCUAUUACUGGCAGCUGCCCCGAGCCUUCCUAGGGAAUAAGGUGGCUGCCUAUGGUGGGAAGCUACGGUAUACGCUCUCCUACACAUCUGGGCCACAGGGCAGCCCACUCUCGGACCCUGAUAUCCAGAUUACGGGCAAUAACAUCAUGCUGGUAGCCUCUCAGCCCGCACUACAGGGCCCAGAGAGGAGGAGCUAUGAGAUCAUCUUCCGAGAGGAGUUCUGGCGGCGACCAGAUGGACAGCCUGCGACCCGAGAGCACUUGCUCAUGGCCCUGGCAGAUCUGGAUGAACUUCUGGUUCGGGCCACAUUCUCCUCAGUGCCACGGGCAGCCAGUAUCAGUGCUGUGAGCCUAGAAGUGGCCCAGCCAGGGCCCUCUGGUGGACCCCAAGCCCUCGAGGUGGAAGAGUGUCGCUGCCCCCCAGGCUAUGUUGGCUUAUCCUGCCAGGACUGUGCCCCCGGCUACACUCGCACUGGGAGCGGACUGUACCUUGGCCAGUGCGAGUUGUGCGAAUGCAAUGGCCACUCCGAAGUGUGUCACCCGGAGACUGGAGCCUGCACGGGUUGUCAGCACAACACUGUGGGUGAGUUCUGUGAGACGUGUGCAACUGGCUACUACGGAGAUGCCACGGCUGGGACGCCUGAGGACUGCCAGCCCUGUGCCUGCCCACUGACCAACCCAGAGAACAUGUUCUCCCGCACCUGUGAGAGCCUCGGAGCCGGAGGGUACCGCUGCACCGCCUGUGAACCUGGCUACACCGGGCAGUACUGCGAGCAGUGUGCCCCAGGCUACGAGGGUAACCCCAAUGUACAAGGAGGCCGGUGCCAGCCACUGACAAAAGAGUCCCUGGAGGUUCAGAUCCAUCCCUCUCGGAGCGUGGUUCCCCAAGGCGGCCCACACUCCCUAAGGUGCCAGGUCAACGGGAGUCCACCUCACUACUUCUACUGGUCCCGUGAAGACGGGCGGCCCUUGCCCAGCGGUGCACAACAGCGGCAUCAAGGCUCUGAGCUCCACUUCCCUAGCGUGCAGCCCUCCGACGCCGGUGUCUACAUCUGUACCUGCAGAAACCUGAUUCACACCAGCAACAGCAGGGCUGAGCUACUGGUCGCUGAAGCUCCCAGCAAGCCCAUCACGGUGACAGUGGAGGAGCAGAGGAGCCAGAGUGUGCGGCCCGGAGCUGAUGUCACCUUCAUCUGCACGGCCAAGAGCAAAUCCCCAGCCUACACCCUGGUGUGGACCCGUCUGCACAACGGGAAGCUACCGUCCCGUGCUAUGGACUUCAACGGCAUCCUGACCAUUCGUAAUGUGCAGCCGAGUGACGCAGGCACCUACGUGUGCACCGGCUCCAACAUGUUCGCCAUGGACCAGGGCACCGCCACGCUGCAUGUUCAGGUCUCAGGCACCUCCACUGCCCCGGUGGCUUCCAUUCACCCGCCACAGCUCACUGUGCAGCCGGGACAACUGGCUGAGUUCCGCUGUAGCGCCACGGGGAACCCCACCCCCACUCUGGAAUGGAUAGGGGGUCCCAGUGGCCAGCUUCCCACAAAGGCUCAGAUCCACAACGGCAUCCUGCGCCUGCCAGCCAUCGAGCCCUCAGAUCAGGGCCAGUACCUGUGCCGUGCCCUCAGCAGCGCUGGGCAGCAUGUGGUCAGGGCCAUGCUUCAGGUGCACGGGGGCAGUGGACCCAGGGUCCAGGUGAGCCCUGAGAGGACCCAGGUACAUGAAGGCCGCACGGUGAGGCUGUACUGCAGGGCAGCAGGGGUACCCAGUGCCAGCAUCACCUGGAGGAAGGAGGGAGGCAGCCUGCCCCCUCAGGCCCGGUCAGAGAACACAGACAUCCCCACACUGCUCAUCCCAGCCAUUAGAGUUGCUGACUCUGGUUUCUACCUCUGUGUGGCCACCAGCCCCACAGGCACCGCCCAGGCCCGCAUUCAGGUGGUCGUCCUCUCAGCUUCCGGUGCCAGCUCGGUGCCAGUCAGGAUCGAAUCCUCAUCACCAUCCGUGACCGAAGGACAGACCCUUGACCUCAACUGUGCGGUGAUGGGGUUGACCUACACCCAGGUCACGUGGUACAAGCGAGGGGGCAGCCUGCCUCCCCAUGCCCAGGUCCACGGCUCCCGGCUGCGGCUCCCCCAGGUCUCACCAGCAGAUUCUGGAGAAUAUGUGUGCCGAGUGGAGAGUGACUUGGGCCCUAAGGAGGCUUCCAUCGUUGUCUCUGUCCUUCACAGCCCCCAUUCAGGCCCCAGCUACACCCCAGCCACCAGCAGCACUCCACCCAUCCGCAUUGAAUCUUCAUCCUCCCAUGUGGCUGAGGGACAAACCCUGGAUCUGAACUGCGUGGUGCCUGGGCAGGCACAGGUGACUUGGCGCAAACGUGGAGGCAGCCUUCCCGCCCGGCACCAGACCCAUGGUUCCCUGCUGAGACUGCACCAGGUGUCCCCUGCCGACUCAGGCGAGUAUGUGUGCCAUGUCCUCCUGGGCUCUGAGCACAUAGAAACCUCUGUCCUGGUCGCCAUCGAGCCUGCCGUGUCCAUCCCUGCCCCUGGACCUGUCCCUCCUGUCAGAAUUGAGUCCUCAUCCCCCACCGUGGCUGAGGGUCAGACGCUGGAUCUCAACUGUGUGGUAGCAGGACAGGCCCAUGCACAGGUCACAUGGUAUAAGCGUGGGAGCAGCCUGCCUGCCCGGCACCAGGUCCGUGGCUCCCGCCUGUACAUCUUCCAGGCUUCCCCAGCGGAUGCUGGAGAAUAUGUGUGCAGGGCAGGCAAUGGGCAGGAAGCCACCAUCACAGUCAAGGUCACAGGCAACCAAGGGGCCAACAUCGCCUACCCCCCAGGUAGCACGCCAACCAUUCGCAUUGAGUCCUCGUCCUCUCACGUGGCUGAGGGGCAGACCCUGGAUCUAAAUUGUGUGGUGCAAGGACAGGCCCACGCCCAGGUCACAUGGCACAAGCGAGGAGGCAGCCUGCCUGCCCGGCACCAGACCCAUGGUUCCCUGCUGAGGCUGCACCAGGUGUCUCCCGUGGACUCAGGAGAAUAUGUGUGCCGAGUGGAGGGAGGGCCCGUGCCUCUGGAGAGCUCUGUCCUGGUCGCCAUUGAACCUGCAGGCUCUGUGCCCGCACUCGGGGUCACCCCUCCGGUCCGAAUCGAGUCAUCUUCCUCCCACGUGUCAGAAGGGCAGAGCCUGGAUCUGAACUGCCUUGUUGCUGGGCAGACUCACCCCCAGAUCUCCUGGCACAAGCGUGGGGGCAGCCUCCCUGCCCGGCAUCAGGUACAUGGGUCAAGGCUGAGACUGCUCCAGGUGACCCCAGCUGACUCUGGGGAGUACGUGUGCCGUGUCGUCAGUGGCUCAGGCACCCAUGAAGCUUCUGUCCUUGUCACUAUUCAGCAGCACCUCAGCCCCUCCCACCCCCAGAGCGUGGUGCACCCUGUGCGCAUUGAAUCUUCGUCACCCUCGCUGGCCAACGGCCAUACUCUGGACCUGAACUGCCUGGUUGCCAGCCUUACCCCCCACACCAUCACCUGGUAUAAGCGUGGAGGCAGCUUACCCAGCCGGCAUCAGAUUGUGGGCUCCCGCCUCCGGAUCCCUCAAGUGACCCCAGCGGACUCCGGAGAGUAUGUGUGUCACGUCAGUAAUGGCGUUGGCUCCCAGGAGACCUCUCUCAUUGUUACCAUCGAGAGCAGAGGGCCGUCCCAUGUGCCCAGUGUCUCCCCACCAAUGAGGAUUGAGACCUCGUCUCCCACAGUGACGGAAGGACAGACCCUGGAUCUGAACUGUGUGGUGGUUGGGCGGCCCCAGGCCACCAUCACAUGGUACAAACGUGGGGGCAGCCUGCCAUUCAGACACCAGGCCCAUGGCUCCCGUCUCCGGCUACACCAGAUGUCAGUGGCGGACUCCGGCGAGUAUGUCUGCAGAGCCAACAACAACAUUGACGCCCAGGAGACCUCCAUCAUGAUCUCUGUCUCCCCCAACACCAACGCCCCCUCUGCCUCUGCUAGUCCUGUACCCAUCAGAAUUGAGUCUUCCUCUUCACAUGUGGCAGAAGGACAGACCCUGGAUCUGAACUGUGUGGUCCCUGGGCAGGCCCAUGCCCAGGUCACAUGGCACAAGCGAGGGGGUAGCCUGCCUGCCCAUCAUCAGGCCCACGGCUCAAGACUGAGGCUGUACCAGGUGUCCCCAGCUGACUCGGGUGAAUAUGUGUGCCGAGUUCUGAGCAGCUCUGGCCCUCUGGAGGCUUCCGUCCUGGUCUCAAUUACAGCGUCUGCCUCUAAUGUCCACGUCCCUGGUGGAGUCCCACCCAUCCGCAUCGAGACCUCUUCCUCCCAAGUUGCUGAGGGACAGACCCUGGAUCUAACCUGUGUGGUUCCUGGGCAGGCCCAUGCCCAGGUCACAUGGCACAAGCGUGGAGGCAGCCUGCCCGCCGGGCACCAGGUCCAUGGCCACAUUCUGAGGCUGAACCGGGUAUCCCCAGCGGACUCUGGCGAGUACUCAUGCCAAGUGACCGGCAGCUCAGGUACCCUGGAGGCUUCUGUCCUGGUUACCAUCGAGGCCUCUCAACCCAGCCCUAUCCCUGCCCCAGGGCUGGCCCAGCCCAUCUACAUAGAGUCCUCCUCCUCCCAUUUGGCUGAAGGGCAGACUGUGGAUCUCAACUGUGUGGUACCAGGGCAAGCCCAUGCCCAGGUCACAUGGCACAAACGAGGGAGCAGCCUGCCUGCCCGUCACCAGACUCACGGCUCCCUGCUGAGGCUCUACCAUAUCUCCCCUGCUGACUCGGGCGAGUAUGUGUGCCAAGUGGCUGGUAGCUCCCACCCUGAGCACGAGGCUUCCUUCAAGAUCACAGUCCCCGCCAGUGAAGGGUCUUCCUACCGCCUCAGAAGCCCUGUCAUCUCCAUUGAGCCACCCAGCAGCACAGUACAACAGGGCCAAGAUGCCAGCUUCAAGUGCCUCAUCCACGAGGGAGCAACACCCAUCAGCCUUGAGUGGAAGACUCGGAACCAAGAGCUGGAGGACAACGUCCACAUCAGCCCCAACGGCUCCAUCAUGACCAUUGUGGGUGCCCGGCCCAGCAACCAUGGAGCCUAUCGCUGCGUGGCUUCCAACGUCUAUGGGGUGGCCCAGAGCGUCGUCAAUCUCAUUGUGCAUGGGCCCCCGACGGUGUCUGUGCUCCCUGAGGGCCCUGUGCAUGUGAAAAUGGGCAAGGACAUCACCCUGGAGUGCGUCAGUUCUGGGGAACCCCGCUCUUCCCCACGUUGGACCCGACUCGGCAUCCCGGUCAAGUUGGAGCCACGGAUGUUUGGGCUCAUGAAUAGCCAUGCGAUGUUGAAGAUCGCAUCGGUGAAGCCAUCGGAUGCAGGCACCUAUGUGUGUCAAGCCCAGAAUGCCCUAGGCACAGCACAAAAGCAGGUGGAGCUGAUCGUCGACACUGGCACCGUAGCCCCAGGAGCUCCCCAGGUCCAGGUGGAAGAAGCCGAGCUGACCUUGGAGGCUGGACACACGGCCACUCUACACUGCUCAGCCACAGGCAACCCCCCGCCCACCAUCCACUGGUCCAAGCUGCGUGCCCCACUGCCCUGGCAACACCGGAUAGAAGGCAACACACUGGUCAUUCCCCGGGUGGCCCAGCAGGACUCAGGACAGUACAUCUGUAACGCCACCAACUCUGCUGGGCACACUGAAGCUACUGUUGUCCUGCACGUGGAGAGUCAUCCUUAUGCCACCAUAAUUCCAGAGCAUACCUCAGUGCAGCCAGGGAAACUGGUUCAGCUGCAAUGCCUGGCUCACGGCACACCCCCACUCACCUACCAGUGGAGCCGUGUGGGCGGCAUUCUCCCUGAGAAGGCAGUUGCCAGGAACCAGCUGCUGCGCCUGGAGCCCGCGGGCCGGGCAGACUCUGGCCGCUACCGCUGCCAGGUCUCCAACAAGGUGGGCUCCGCUGAGGCCUUUGCUCAAGUGCUGGUCCAAGGCUCCUCUGGCGAUGUCCCUGACACUUCCACCCCAGUAGGAUCCACACCCACUGUGCAAGUCACUCCUCAGCAAGAGACCAAGAGCAUAGGGGCCAGCGUUGAGUUCCACUGUGCGGUGCCCAAUGAGCAUGGCACCCACCUUCGUUGGCUCAAGGAGGGCGGUCAGCUGCCUCCUGGACACAGUGUGCAAGAUGGAGUCCUCCGAAUCCAGAACUUAGACCAGAGCUGCCAAGGGACAUAUAUUUGUCAGGCCCAUGGGCCUUGGGGACAAGCCCAGGCUACUGCCCAGCUAAUUGUUCAAGCCUUGCCCUCAGUGCUUAUCAACGUCCGCACGUCGGUGCACUCCGUGGUAGUCGGCCACUCUGUCGAGUUUGAGUGUCUGGCCCUGGGUGACCCUAAGCCUCAGGUGACGUGGAGCAAAGUCGGAGGGCGCCUGCGGUCUGGCAUCGUGCAAAGCGGAAGUGUCAUCAGGAUUGCCCACGUGGAGCUGGCUGAUGCAGGACAGUACCGCUGUGCCGCUACCAACGCUGCUGGCACCACCCAGUCCCACGUGCUGCUGCUGGUACAAGCCUUGCCCCAGAUCUCAACUCCCCCAGAGGUCCGAGUGCCUGCCGGUUCUGCAGCUGUCUUUCCCUGCAUGGCCUCAGGCUACCCGACGCCUGCCAUCACUUGGAGCAAGGUGGAUGGUGACCUACCACCCGACAGCCGCCUGGAGAACAACAUGCUGAUGCUACCAUCAGUUCGCCCCGAGGAUGCUGGUACCUACGUGUGCACUGCCACCAACAGGCAGGGCAAGGUCAAAGCCUUUGCCUAUCUGCAGGUGCCAGAGCGAGUGGUGCCCUACUUCACCCAGACACCCUACUCCUUCCUGCCCCUUCCCACCAUCAAAGACGCCUACAGGAAGUUUGAGAUCAAGAUCACCUUCCGGCCAGACUCUGCAGAUGGGAUGCUGCUGUACAACGGGCAGAAGCACACCCCAGGGAGCCCCACCAACCUAGCCAACAGGCAACCAGAUUUCAUCUCCUUUGGCCUCGUGGGCGGAAGGCCUGAGUUCCGAUUUGAUGCAGGCUCUGGCAUGGCCACUAUCCGCCAUCCUACACCUCUGGCCCUAGGCCAGUUCCACACUGUGACCCUCCUACGAAGCCUCACUCAAGGAUCUAUGAUUGUGGGCAAUUUGGCCCCUGUCAACGGGACCUCCCAGGGCAAGUUCCAAGGGUUAGACCUGAAUGAGGAACUGUAUCUGGGUGGCUAUCCUGACUACCGUGCCAUCCCCAAGGCUGGGCUGAGUAGCGGCUUUGUAGGCUGUGUACGUGAGCUGCGCAUCCAAGGCGAGGAGAUUGUAUUCCAUGACGUCAACCUCACAACACAUGGCAUCUCCCACUGCCCUACUUGCCAGGACCGACCCUGCCAGAAUGGGGGCCAGUGCCAUGAUUCUGAGAGCAGCAGUUACACGUGUGUCUGCCCUGCUGGCUUCACCGGCAGCCGCUGUGAGCAUUCGCAAGCCCUGCACUGCCACCCAGAGGCCUGUGGGCCCGAUGCCACCUGUGUGAACCGGCCAGAUGGUCGAGGCUAUAACUGUCGCUGUCACCUGGGCCGCUCCGGAAUGAGGUGUGAAGAAGGUGUGACGGUGACCACCCCAUCGAUGUCUGGUGCUGGCUCCUACCUGGUACUACCCGCUCUCACCAAUACGCACCACGAGCUACGCCUGGAUGUAGAGUUCAAGCCACUGGAACCCGAUGGGAUCUUACUGUUCAGUGGGGGCAAGAGUGGGCCUGUGGAAGACUUUGUGUCCCUAGCGAUGGUUGGUGGCCACCUGGAGUUCCGCUAUGAGUUAGGAUCAGGUCUGGCUGUUCUGCGGAGCCUCGAGCCACUGGCCUUAGGACGCUGGCACCGAGUGUCUGCAGAGCGCCUGAACAAGGAUGGCAGCCUGCAGGUGGAUGGAGGGCGCCCUGUGCUACGCUCUUCGCCAGGGAAGAGCCAGGGCCUCAACCUGCACACCCUACUCUACCUGGGUGGUGUGGAGCCCUCUGUACAGCUGUCCCCAGCCACCAACAUGAGUGCUCACUUCCGUGGCUGUGUGGGUGAGGUGUCUGUGAACGGUAAGCGGUUGGACCUCACCUACAGCUUCUUGGGCAGCCGGGGUGUGGGGCAGUGCUAUGACAGCUCCCCGUGCGAGCGCCAGCCCUGCCGGAAUGGCGCCACGUGCAUGCCUGCAGGCGAAUAUGAGUUCCAGUGCCUUUGUCAAGAUGGCUUCAAAGGAGACCUUUGUGAGCAUGAGGAGAACCCUUGCCAGCUCCAAGAACCUUGUCUGAAUGGUGGCACCUGCCGGGGUACCCGUUGCCUCUGUCUCCCUGGCUUCUCUGGUCCACGCUGCCAACAAGGCGCUGGAUAUGGCGUAGUGGAGUCAGACUGGCACCCUGAAGGCAGUGGAGGCAAUGAUGCCCCUGGGCAAUACGGAGCCUACUUUCACGACAAUGGCUUCCUAGCCCUCCCUGGCAACAGCUUCUCUAGGAGCCUGCCUGAAGUACCUGAGACCAUCGAAUUCGAGGUUCGGACCAGCACAGCCAAUGGCCUCUUGCUCUGGCAGGGUGUGGUGAAAGAGUCCAGCCGCAGCAAAGACUUCAUUAGCCUUGGACUACAGGAUGGCCAUCUUGUCUUCAACUACCAACUGGGCAGUGGGGAAGCCCGCCUUGUCUCUGAAGACCCCAUCAAUGACGGCGAGUGGCAUCGAGUGACGGCACUGCGAGAGGGCCAGAGAGGCUCCAUCCAAGUAGACGGUGAGGAGCUGGUCAUCGGCCGGUCCCCGGGUCCUAAUGUGGCCGUCAACACCAAGGACAUCAUCUAUAUUGGUGGUGCCCCAGAUGUGGCCACACUGACCAGGGGCAAGUUCUCCUCUGGGAUCACAGGCUGUCUCAAGAAUCUGGUGCUGCACUCAGCCCGGCCUGGAGCCCCACCCCCACAGCCCCUGGACCUGCAGCAUCGUGCCCAGGCAGGGGCCAACACACGUCCUUGCCCCUCAUAGGCAGCUGCCUGCCUCCCACGGACUCCUGGGCAGCACCCAGCCUGACAGUGCCGAGUAUAUUAUUAUUAAUAUUAUUAUGACUUUUUAUAAGAGACUGAGGCAGUGCCACGCUUUGCUGCUACCACCCUGGGCUGGACUGGAGGGUGGGCGUGCCAGCUCCCACACACGCGUGGGCAGAGCCCCGAGGCUGGUGGGCAGGACAAGGGGACUGGAAGAGGUUUCCUCAGAAGGCUCCUGGGACUUGGAGUCAGGCAUCGCGGCCGGUAGGGCUCAGAACCGUUCCCACUCCCUUCCCUGCUUCAGAAUCUGGGCUGGGCUGCUCACUUCAGCAGUUCAUGUGGCCAGUCCUCAUUGCUGUGAGCGCCAACCUCGGUUAUCACCCCAUACCUCGCUGUCAAACUGAAUGAGGGGGGUGUGGCGAUGGCCCGAGCCACUGUUCUGGGAGCAGAAGGCAGCUCACCCCAUCCCCCAAACCCCACUGGCCACAUAACAUCCCAGCCUCCUCCACACCCACCUAGCCAGAGGUUUCCAGUCCCUGGCAGUCUCCCCUCCCACCCAGCCCUCCUCCACCUGCAUUCCCCCACCCCCACCCCACACAUACACAGCCCAGGGCCCUGCCCUCAGGAGCUGCAAGGGAGACCAACUCUUUCCCAGAACUGCUAGGCAGAGCCCAGCUAUGAGGUCCCACCAUACCAGGCCACACUCCCCACUCUUCUGGAGGUGAAGGCCCAGGGCGUGGGGGAGCAGGAAUCAGGAACACCAGUGGCUUGGUGGGGACAGCUGAGAUGUCAGCUUGGGAAGGUGAGGAAGAAUGAUGAUAGCCCUGCCCAUCUGGGAGCCUGAGGAGCCCAAGUAAGGGGUCAGCAGGCCCAGACUCUGGCUCUUGGGUCCUGGGGGAACCCCCUGUGGUCUUUAUCUGAUUUUUUUUCUUAAUAAACGGUGCUAUCCCUGC